GGCGUCCUGUCACAAUCAACACGGGGCACGCGGGGAACAGCCUGCAGCCAAUCACAGCCCGGCCUUACCCCGUUUUUUAAUAAACUUCGCUUUUUCCGCCUCAAGGAAGCGGCGUCUCCGGCCCCCCGGUGCUGAAGAUGUGGGCGAACGAACCCGCUCGGGUUACGCGCAGCGGACAGCGGCUCGAAGCGAGAGGGGGAAGCGGGGAGAGCCCGUUGUAAGACGAGAAGAUGUACCUAUGGCGCUUGGCCGUCGCCGUAACCCUCGGCUUGGUGUGGUACUUCUCGGACUGCGGCCGCACGGUGACCCAAUACCUGCUGUGUUUCCUCUUCUGUUAUUCGCCUCCGUGGUCAGUCGGCUACGGCGGGCGAGAGGUCGGCACUCAGACCGACGACGACACCGGGAAACAUCCUCUCCAGGUAUCAGAUGAAACUGCUGAGGAAGACUCCUUCGGCUGCCUAACCGACGGGGGAGGCAGCAGGCCCGCUGAACCACUGGAGCCUCAGUAUCCACAUGUGAAGAAGUCUCUACAGCAAGUGUUUGAGUGCGCCUAUGCUCAGCUGGUCCUGCCUUGGUACGCUGUUCCCGAGCCACGCGAGAACCAGCCUCUGCACCAGGCGCUCAGCAAGGAGUUCGACUUCGUAAUUGACCGCAUCAUUGAGAGAGCCCGAGACUUUGAUGUUUGCCAGGCGGUCGUGGGCUCCAUUCGUAUUUUGACCCAACACUUGCACAAUGCAAAGCAGUCUGACAGAGAGCUCUUGUUCAGCUCCAGAGCAGAUGAGGUUACGGUUCUCCGAGAGUUGUCCGAUGCUCUUGUACGUAACCUUUUUCCCAAAUCUCUCUGGGGUCAAGAAGUCAACCGCUGCGCCUUAAAUGAGAUUGUGGCCCUAAAGGGGUUGGGCCUGUUGGUGACCUGGCUGUCUGACCCCGACAACCUGAACCAGCUGGUGGUGUGCCAGCUCGACAGCACUACCCCCAAAGGCUCUGCAGAGGAGCUUUGUGGAUCAGACCAGGAACAAGCCUCUCUGGCUUCGCUGGGGGGCGAAGGCGAAGGCAGUGGAGUGAGCCUUGAGGGAGCUGGGAUUUCAACGAGCACCAGGAUCAAGGGCAAAAGGAAAGGCAACAAGAUAAAGGAAGGGUGGUCAAAAUUUGUGGACAAGGUGAAGUCCAAGAAAGCCAAAAAGAAGAAGAUGAAAAAGAUGGAGCAGGAGCUGAUGAUGAGGAUCAUGGCGAUCCAGGAUGACGUGUCCAGCGAGGACGAUGUCAGCAGCAGGGAGGGUUCCAUUCACAGCCAGCAGGUCUCUGACAGGGAGGACAGUGAUCUGGAGGACUACUUGGCAAGUGUCCAAGAGGACAUGAUGGAAUUCAAGCUGUCAUAUGAGAUGUGGCGUGUUGGCAGCUGGGCUGUAAGCAUCCCUCAUGCCGACUGGGAGGAUGAGGAGCUAAUCUUCAACAUUCACCUGGAGGAGAAUAACAGCCCUGAGAACCUACAGUGGGACAUUAAGAAGACCUACAUGGAUGUGAUAUAUUUUCGCAACAUAUGGCAGGAUUCAACCACCCUGCCCGCAAUCCUGGCACUGGAAGAGUCAAAGGUCAACGAUGGGGUUAAAGAAGAAGCUAGAGUAUCAGUGGAACACUUUCUCCAGGAAUUAGUUUCCAAUAAUUUGAUCGGCCACACUCAACCGGUUUUUCAGUUCCUGUGCCCACUUGACAAACUUCUGAAUGAAGAGGAACAUUAUGAAGGCGUGUGGGGCCUUCUCAGCGGCUUGGCCUACUUCCUGACUCCAGGUCAAGAGGAAGAAGAGAACUCUAGCCCUCAGACAGAAGCCCCAAAAGAAAUCAUAACUCCAUGUCCACACCCAGAAUCCACAGUUCAGCCGUCAGAAAACCCUGGUGCCUUUACUCAGAAUGGCACUUAUGUUCCAAGUGCUACUCUCCCAACUAUCAUCAUCUCCCAAUGUGAUCCUCCUUCAGAACAGCCAGAGGAAGCAGAAACAGAAACUGAAACACAGUGUGCUGUAAACUCAGACCAUUCAAGUAAUGAAAACUGCUCCCAAGACAAAACAGAAGACUCUGAUAACCCCUUAACCUCUCACUUUAAAACGAUCAUCAAAGGACUGACCCGAUCCAAGUCACAAGAGUCUCUGGCCUCAACAAAAACCAGCAGCGAUGAAGACCCACCUAAUUCAGACUCCACGCCGUGCUGCAGCCAAAAUAGAAGCUCACAGGGGGAGAGUGCAGAAGGCCCGUCAUGGCUUAAUUUCAGUGCAAGGUCAAAUAAAAAGGAAAAAAUAUGUUUAAAGUUGUCAGGUGGAGCAAACAAGGCUAAAGGGAAGGAGCAUGGCACUUUGCCAAGAGGAGAGGACUCCCAGGGUCAGAAGAGCCAAGUCAACUGGGAGCAGCUGGAGGCGACCAAAGCCAUAUUUGAUUUGCUGAAAGAAAUAUCUGGAAACUCCAUCCUCAUAAACAUAUUUGAUGCCAUUUUGAAACCUGUUAUGCCCAUUUUGAAAAAAAAAGUGAACUCUUUCUUAAACAAGAUGAACCCAACAGAAGUGCAGAUGGCUGAGUACAUUGACGCUCUGCGAGACAAGCAGUGGCCAGAAUUUCAACCAGCAGCACCUCCUCCUCCUCGCACAGACGAGGAGAAAAACGAGACCAGGGAGCGAGCACAUAACCUCAUCAAUGCCAGAUAUUCAAACUAUCUUGUCCUGAAGAAGACGGAUGUGGAGUCUGUCUUUAAUCUUUUCCAGGACAGUGAAGUAAACAAAACUCUGGUAUAUGUGCUCCUGUCAUUUGUAUUAAGGGAUUUUUUUCCCAGUGAACAUUCCCUAAAUGUGAGAGCUGCUGCCUUACUAAAAGUUACCAGUUCUAACAAGUGAUCUGUGAACCUCUUGAUAGUGUUUUCAUUGGUGUCUUUUUUUUUUUUUUUGAUUUUGACAUUUUAAAAUAUCAAAUUAUUUAUUAAACAUCUUAAAAUGCCUUAAAAUAUUUAAGACCACUUCUAAAUUAGAGUUAAACAUCCUUUUUCUGCAUUUUUGACUCAAACAUAUCAAAUAUACUGUGAAUUUUUGGUUGGACCGCAACAGCGGGGCCAGCCCUAUAAAUGUGAAUGUCCAUGACUGACUGACUGACGGAGUGAUAAUGCUACACCAUUUGUUGGCUGAAUACUGUGUGACUGAGUGCUGGAGAAGUGAAGCUUCUCCGUAGGUGGUUGCUCUCUCUUACGUCAUCGGGGGGUUAUUUACAGGAAGCACAUUUGUUGCUAGAUUUACCGACUUUUCAGACGUCUUUAGCGACCUUUCUUCACAAAAGCACCGAGUGACAAAUCUAGUGAAUUUUUGGACAAACCUACUUUCUGUAAAAGACAGUCGCCAGUAUUACCUCACAAGUGCGAGGUUGGGAUUUCCCUCCGCAGGCACACCUCUCUAUGCGUCUCGUUCAAUUGACCGCACAGAAGCUGACACAGAAAUGAAUAAGCUUCCGAUUUUCUCUCUCAGUGAUCAUUUUACAAGUAAAUAUAGCCGAAAUCACAGCACAGCCUUUGUCUUUAACUUGUGUUUCUGGUGAUUUUGUCAGACCCCGUGGCGGUUAUAAAAUCAGGAUUUUAGCAGUGAAGUGCAGUAGCUUUGAAAUGGCUGCUGCGAGUGACUGCUGGUUAAAAUGUAGUCUUAAUGGGCCAAGUUUCAGUCACUAUUUCAUACGGAGUAUGAAUACUAUUUUCAUACUCCGUUGUCUGACAAAAGAAACACAAAUACAUGUAAAUGAGAACAGCUUAAUAUGUAAUCCAGCUGUAUUAAAAUACUGUAUAUGUGAGCAUAGACAGUAAGGAAGAACCAAACAGAUAAAGGGCAGUACAGCCAUAUAUUAGACUUUGACCUAGUGUUGUUCCUUUGGUUUUUAUUUUGUAAAGUUUAAUUGCUUUUGUACAUGUUCACUUGUCAAUGUGAUGAAUCCAGGCUUUCCCUAUUGAACUUUUAUUGUUAAACUCAGAUGGGAAAGUAAUGUAUGUUUCAUAUUUACAGUUUGAAUUUCACCCUUAAUGUUUUAAUUAAACAUAGUUUGAAUUUUCUAGAAUAUUUUGUGUCACUUUGAGCACUUUUGCGUGGUGGUUUUGUAUGGUCAAGUUUUAUAAAAAUAGAAUAUCUCGCAAUUACUAAUCACACAAAUCUGUCAAAACAUGAAUAGUACCACUAUCAAAGGAAACUCGAAAUAAUGUUCAUGUAAAUAACUUGAAUUUAUUCCAAAUAAAA